UGAGUUCGUUUUCGAAACAGGAACCUAUUUUUUUCAGCCGGAGACAAGAGUUUGGAACUACAGACUAUAUAAUAAUCUAGUUGUACCAGAAGCAACGAUCCCCAACCCCUCACCAGUUAUCUCCCACAUGCUGUCACAUACAAAAUAAGAGGAUGGGCAGAGUUAGCCGUGAGCCAAUGAUAAGAGACUAGGAGGGGUUACCAUAGGUCAAUGAUGGGAGUCUGUGAAAAUAAAACGAGAAAUUCGCUCUUCAUAAUUAUAACUUCACCGCAUGGAGGUCCCCUCUUUGGCGAGCAUGUCUUCGUUUUCGAACAGCUCCCACCUCAACAAGCUUGUGCGCCAGGAGUACAUGAGGCUGCCGCAGGGUGGGAAGUGCCAGGUCACCUAUAUCUGGAUCGACGGCACCGGGGAGAGACUUCGCAACAAGACCCGAACCUUGGACAGUGAGCCGAAGAGCAUCAAAGAUAUUCCUGAGUGGAACUUUGAUGGCUCGAGCACAUACCAGUCCAUAGGCUCCAACAGUGACAUGUACCUUGUGCCAGUCAGCAUGUUCAGGGAUCCAUUCACCCUGGACCCCAACAAACUGGUCCUCUGUGAGGUCCUCACAUAUAACCGCGAACCUGCAGACACUAACCAUCGAGCGCACUGCAAAAAGGUGAUGGACAUGGUUAAAGAGCACUGCAUGUGGUUUGGCAUGGAGCAGGAGUACACGCUCUUAGGAGUAGAUGGACAUCCUUUUAGUUGGCCCUCAGGUGGAUACCCAGCACCCCAAGGACCUUACUACUGUGGGGUGGGAGCAGACAGUGCCUUUGGACGGGACAUUAUGGAGUGCCACUACAAGGCCUGCCUCUACGCAGGGGUCAAUAUCUGUGGCACCAAUGCUGAAGUUAUGCCAUCUCAGUGGGAGUACCAGGUGGGCCCCUGUGAGGGCAUUGAGAUGGGCGACCAACUGUGGGUUUCACGCUUCCUGCUGCAUCGUGUGAGUGAAGAUUUUGGUGUUGUUGUGACAUUUGACCCAAAACCAAUGAAGGGCAACUGGAACGGCGCUGGUUGCCACACUAACGUCAGCACCAAGCAGAUGAGGGAAGAAGGAGGACUACAAUACAUCGAGAAGGCCAUCGAGAAGCUGAGGAAAAAACACGCAGAGCACAUCAAAGUGUAUGACCCACAGGGAGGGGAGGACAACAAAAGGCGUCUCACAGGUCUCCAUGAAACCUCAAGCAUCCAUGACUUCUCAUUUGGUGUGGCCAACCGAGGCUCCAGCAUCCGGAUCCCUCGCCAGGUGGGUGAGGAGAAGAAAGGCUACUUUGAGGAUCGCCGUCCUGCUGCAAACUGCGACCCCUACUCUGUGACAGCGGCCAUCGCGACCACCUGCCUGCUUGAUUUGGAAGAAGGGGCCACAGUAGGCCUACCUGUUGCAGUGUAGUAAUAUAGCCCAUAGAAAUUUCUGGUUGUGCGUUUACCUGAGCUUAACACUUGAAAAUCGGGCACAUGAAAGAUGAAGAAAUUAUGUCAUGCAUACCUAAUGUUUGGUAGUAUUUAUAUAAGCCUAUUAUUUACAUAGGCAAGAUAUCAAUGUGUGACAGAUACUGAAAUUGUGUAUUUAAUUUAAUGUCUUCACACUGCAACUAUAGUCACAGGUUGUAAAUUGCAUGAAAGAUAAUUUCCAUGCAGUUACACUUGUGUUACAUAUGUGAAGUGAAGACACAAUGGUGCUGUAGGCGUAACUUGUCUGUGUUCUUGCGUGCUUGUUUGUUUGUUUGCAAAACAUCAAAAUAGAAAACCAAAUCAAUAAAAGCAUAACGGGUCAAAACCAGAUUUAUAGACAUUAAUACAUUAAAAUCAAUAAUGGUUCAAUAA